AAAGAAAGGAGUGAUAGAGCAAUAGGAGGAGGGGACUGUGUUAUGGUCCAAACAGAGCCCAGAGCCGGAGUAUAAGACUCUGGUGGAGGAGAAACAUGCGCUCACUGCUCCACACGAUCAUGGCUCUGAAUGAGAGAGUGGCUCUAGUCACCGGGGGAGCACAGGGCAUCGGGCGGGCCGUGGUCCAGGCUUUAAUGCAAAACCAGGCCAAAGUAGCAGUAGUGGACAUGAACGCGUCCUGUGGCGAGCAGUGUAAGUUGGAGCUGGACUCUGAGUUUGGGGCCGAUCGCUCGAUUUUCCUCCAGUGUGACGUCACUAACGCAGAAGCACUCACCGAAGCCUUUCAGAAGACAGUAGACCAGUUUGGACAUUUAGACAUCGUCAUAAACAACGCAGGGAUCAACAACGAGAAGCACUGGGAGAAGACCAUUCAAGUCAAUCUGACAUCAGUAAUAAAAGGAACAUAUCUGGGGCUGGAGCACAUGAGCAAAGAGUACGGCAAAGCAGGAGGGAGCAUCAUCAACGUGUCUUCUAUGGCAGCAUUCCUGCACUCUCCACAUCAGCCUGUUUACACUGCCACCAAACAUGGAGUCAUCGGCUUCUCCAGAGCUAUGGCUGAUGCCUCCUCGUUAGGGAACUAUGGCGUGCGCAUAAACGUGCUGUGCCCAGCCUUCGUAGACACUCCUCUUCUUCACUCAGUGGAACAUGAGGAUAAUAUGGGAAAAUUUGUCAAGUUUAAAGACGAUUUCAAGAAAAGUAUGAACCAUUUUGGAGUCUUAAAGCCGUCGCUGAUUGCAGAUGGAAUGAUGACGCUGAUCACAGACGACUCUCUCCACGGAGCCGUCAUGAAAAUAACCUGCUCCAAAGGAAUCCACUUCCACACAUAUGAACCCAUGUCCACCUGAGACCUGGACUAGACCAGGACUGACCCACGACUAGACUGGGACUAAACAAGACUGAACCAGGACUAAAGCAGGACUGAACCAAAACUAGCAGGACUAGAUCAGGUCUAAAGCGGGACUAGACCAGGACUAAACUGAGACUAGACCAGGACUGAACCAGGACUAAAGCAGGACUGAACCAGAACCGACCAGGACUAAACUAGGAUUGCUCCAAAGGUCUCCACUUCCACACAAACAAGCCAAUGUCCAUCUGAGACCAGGACUAGACCAGGACUAGACCAGGACUAGACCAGGACUAGACCAGGACUAGACCAGGACUAGACUGGGAGUCAACCAGGACUAAACUGACACUAGAAAAAUAAUGAAAAAAUAAAAGAUUGAAAAAAUACGGAAUGAACAAGAACCAAACAAGGACCAGGUCUGGACCCAUACCGCCCCCUUCAGGCCUGAUAUUAGAAUAAAAAAAUCAAACACUUUCAAAUUAAUCAACUGUAAGAUUCUAGAUGAAAAUAAAAUAUCAAAUUUGAAGGGGCCAUAGUUCAGUUCUACCAGUCUCUGUGGUAAUGAGGUAAAACUUGCACAUUUGUAACUGUUUAAAGGUGCACUGUGGAACCUUUCUCUUCAGGGUCUGUCAUCUACUUGCCUUUAUGUGGAUGUUAUUGUGUUGCCUUGAAUGUUCCACAGUAUGGCAUUAGACAUUGGCUAUUUUAUUGUAGAGGUUUUAAAUACCUUGAAAGACAUGCGUUCUUGUGAGUGGGCUUGCUUCUCAGCAGGUUUGACCUGUAACUUGGCCUGGUAGCGUCACUUGCUUGUCUCCAUGGAAACAGAUACAUUUAAUCCCAUAUUGUGAAACAUUGCAGGCAAAGCAAUAAGAUUUUCAUGGACCCUCCACCAGAAAAGCUCCAUAGUGCAGCUUUAAAGCCAUACUAGAUGUUUAAAGGGAAAAAUGUAAAUGUUAUGGUUUGGGGAUGUGGAUAGGUUUAUUUAUCUGUACUGUACUAAUAUUGUACUGUACUAAUGUAGACAUUUAUUUGAAUAAAAUGUGUUUUUGAUAAAUACUUUUUGUUCAUUAUCCUUCAUGUCUCUCUAUUUUCCUUUCCUCCCUCUCCCUUUCUCUCUAUUUCCACCUCCCUCUUUACUUCCCCCCUUCUUCCCUCUACCCACCUCUCUUUCUUUCUCUUUUACUUUAUCUCUCACUCGGUUUCCUCCCUUUUCAUUUCUCUUUCUCUCCCCACUCUCCAUCAUCCCCAUCUCACACUCCCACUCUAGAGUUGUCGCCCUCUGCUCCCUUUGUCUUUCUCUUUCUCCAUCUCUCUCCCUCUCUUUCUAUUCAUUCUCCUCUGCACCCUCCCCCUCUCUCUCUGCUAUUCUUCCUUCUUCAAUUUUGUCCUCUCUGAAAUCUGCACAAACAUUUCUCUUUUACGAGUCCAGUUUAAACGGUUUAAACACAAGUCUGCAGGAAAACAAGAGCGUAGAUGGAGAGAGAGACAGAGAGAGAAGAGGUGAGGAGGAAGCAAGAGAGGGAGGGUGUGAGUGAGAUAAGAGUGGAUAGAGUAAGGAGAGAAUAGGAAGGUAGAGAGAAGGAAGAGAGGGGAAAAAGAGAGAGAAAGAGGGGUAAAGGGAGGGAUGAAGUGAGGAGAAAGGGAGAAACAGGAGAGAGAGAAAGAGAGAGGGGAAGAUAAGAAAAUGAAAGAGGGAGAGAGACGAGGAGACCGAAAGAGAGCGCGAGAUGGACAGGCUGGGCAACGGUAAGAGAUAGAGAAUGGGGACGGAGAGAAAGAGAUGGAGAAGAGAGAUGGGAGGCAGAGAUGAAUGAAUGAGAAGAAGAGAGAGAAGUUAAAGGGGGAAUGGAUAGAGUAGAAAGGAAGAGAAAGAGAGGGAAAUGAAAAGACAGAGGGGAGAAAGAGGCAGCAAGCAAGAGAGAGAAAGAUAAAGAGUGUGUAGAGAGGAUGAGGGGAGAGGGGGUGAGAGGAGAGAGAAGUAGAGGAAAAAGUGAGAGACAGACACAGUAAGAGAUGGAGAGAGGUUGGGAGAGAGAAAGAGGUGGGUGGAAUAGAGGAGAGAGAGGGAAAAGAGAGAGGGAGGGAGAGAUUUCGUUAGAAAGACAAGGAGAGAGAGCGGGAACAGGGUCAAACCAUGUCAAUGAGCACCUGAAGCCAAGAAAAACGUCAACAACUUUAGUCCAGAUGAGAGAUUCAGGAGAGAUUCAGGAGUCCAGGCGAGCUGUGGGUAUUGUAUGAUAUGAUCUGCAGAGGAGAGAAUAUACUUCAGUGUAUACCUGAAGGACAAAGACAGC